CAAUCACUGUAGAGAAUGUCCGAGUUCCACCAGAAGGAGCUGAAAUGGGCCAUACCAGCAGGUCAGGCACAGUUAAGGAUUGUGAAGACUUUGCUAUUUCUCCUUCAGAUGACAAUGGCUAUUCCAGCAGCUGCCUGAGUAUUGAAAGUCCAGACAGUGUCGAAGGAAACAUCUGGGAGGCCGGUGGAACAGUAAACAGUGAUAACCUUGAUCUAUGGCAGCGAGCUGCACCAACUGAGAAUGAAAAUGUGUUAGGAAUUUCAGCUGCUGAUUCCUUACUGCCCUCAAUACUUGAGGCAGUCCAGAGUCUUCAAGAGAAGCAAAGGUUCAAAGAGCAAGAGAAGGAAAAGCAUCAGACCCAGGUGAUCAUGUACCGACGGCUGGCCCUACUGCGUUGGAUCCGUAAUCUUCAGCAGAAAGUAAUGGACCAUCAAAACCGACUGCAGGAGAGUUACGACACCAUCUUGAACAACCGCAAGGAACUGCUCAAAUUCAUUAAGCAAGGCGUCAUCUCACCAUAACAUCAGAGAAUUUGAUGUGCCAAACUCAACAUUUUGAGUAGGACAAAAAAUUGGAAAGCAGAAUCUUAUGUCUAUAAAUGCAUCAGAAAAUGCCAUUUCCAUUUUUCA